AUGAAAUCGAAACUGAGAGAUUUGCCUGUAGGAUUCAGGUUUCGUCCAACAGAUUGUGAGAUGUCAAAAUAUAUAUUGACCAAAAAAUUUUUGGAAGAACAACCAAUGGAAGUUCGUAAUGUACGGUAUGUACCUGAAGAGUGUCAUGACAUCUUUUCAAAGCAUCCUCGUGACUUGCCUGGCUACCCAAGAGAAACACAUUGGUUCUUUUAUUGCAGAAAACUUGACAGCCAUGUUACUACUAACUCUCAUAGUAUUUGGAAACAAAUCGGAGAAGAAACUGAUGUCUUAGAUCCAAAGAAUAACGAUGCAUUAGUUGGUAUCAAACAUUCAUUUAUUCUUGUUGAUUACGAAGAAGAGUCCGAUGAUAUUCUUUUCUCAGAUGAAGAAGAACCUUCAAACUGGUUCAUGGAUGAAAUUAGCCUCCCUUUGACAGUUUCAGAGACUGACUGGGUUUUGUGCCAUGUUUUCCGCAAACCUGGAUCUUCUUUUGAAGAAAGAUGA